GCUCUCCGUGACACGACUUUGCAACCGGUUUGCAAGCUCAGCCAAGCCUUGCAUUGCAACGAAGUUGCAUCGGCAGCAACGGACUACAUCAGAACUGCGCCGCACUGCAGCAGAGUGCACCAGGGCAAGCAAAAAUAAGGAUGCAGCCUGUCAUCCCUGCACUACUGCUGUCUGCAGCUGCCGCAUUCAGCCCCAAGGAUGCGGCGGCACCGCUGUUCGCCGCCCAGCAAGCGGCCCUGGCCAAGAUCCAAGCCGCUUUACCAUUAGACGCCAAGACCUACCCCGCGGACCUCGGCCUCGACACGUUCACGACCAGCAAUGGCGGCGCCGGCGCGAUGCAGUCCUGGGAGGCGCCGGGCCCGGCGAACAUCGCCUGGGUCAGCGAUUUACGGAUUGAGGGCCCGACGACGGUCGCUUCAUUAACGGUCUGGUGCGCGCCGCUGAAGGACGUGCCGCACCUCUGCGUGAGGACGACGGCGACGGACGCGGGCGUGGAUGUAUUGAUGGACUUCCGGCCUAGAGCUGCCGUGGGCUACGAGACGAUGCUCGAGGACGGGAGCUACCCCGAGCCCGACUCGCGCGAAGCUUUCAUGAACAAGGGCAAUCGCGCGGACCUGGACAAGCGCUACUACGACGGCGUCCGGGACCUCUGCGCGUCGGUGGGCGGCGACGCGGCGCCGGCGGGUUCCUUAGCCGACCUGAAGAAGCAGGCGGCGUCGCCGGUUGCUGUGGACGCGCGCCUGCCGGCCGACGACGCGUCCGUCGCGAAGGCCGCGGCUUUGUACGAGCCGGCCGUCGACGCCUUUUUGGGAUGGUGCGCCGACGACCAGCACGAGCUCAAGCCCGGCAUGCAGGUCACGUCGACCUACGCCAGGGACACGAAGGUGCGCGCGAACAACUACGGCAUCCUCGCGGACUACUACGGCGAGCUGUUCGGCAAGGACGAGGGCGCGAACAUCGCGGCCGGCGACGCCGGGCCGCUCGACGAGGCGUACGUCGGGGGCGCGAGCUAGAGCGUCGUGAUAAUUGGUAGGUUUAGGAC